UUAAUAGUCAGUAAAAUGAAGGAUAAUUCAAAGAAUCAUGAAAAUAACACUAUGACAACAAACAGUGUUGAAAGUAGCUUUGAGCAGGUAUUCGAUGACAGCAGAGCAGAUAGAGAUUCUCCAAAUUUCAGUAGGAUAGAGUCUGUUGCUGAAACUGGAGCUUAUUGUACAAGAGAUCAGUGUGUCAAAAUAUUGAAAAGGUGUAAAAAAUUCUUGAGAGAUGCACAUGUAUACGAAAAACUAGAAAGCUUCUUUAAAUAUUUGUUAGACAAUCCUGCAUUGCUGAUUGGUUUUACCAUUGUCACGGCUAUAUUUAUCAUCCCGGUAUUGUUAUUUACUGCUUUUGCCAUUAUAAACGUUGCUGUUGCAUUCACUGGUUUCAUGAUUAUAGAAGUGGUACUUCUAUUGAUUGGACUGACGGUUCUCUGCUGUAUUCUCUUUUUUAUAAUAUCCGGCAUUAUGGUCACAGCAGUAUCAUUCAUCAUUUCUGCUUUCAUAACUUAUUCUUCAUUUAUACUGGUCAAGAAUAAAAUACGCCCUCAACGAUAGUUUGGCACUUAAAAACAUUAAUUUUAUCGUUAUUUUACAUUGCAUUACAAAAAUCACUUUGUAAAAUUGAUCAAAAGAACGCAUUACAUUUGAGUUUCGUAAAAAAUACAUUUAGUUGUAAAAGCUACGCAUAAAACUAUAUUCUUAAACUUAAUGUAAAAUAUACUACUAUUAUCUCAGUUAUUUGCUGACAAAUUCUCUUUACUUCCU